AUGGGCGGGCUAGAGGUUGUAUCCCGUGAAGGCUCGCAAUGCGGUAGUAUUUAUUGCGAGGGAGACGAGGCGAUGGGGCAGCACAUGUCAAGGCAACCAUCACUAUCUAGCUUCCGCCAGAAGAUCAUGGAAUCGGGCAUCGGGCGCCGUUUCUCGACAGUCACCCAGGUGAACCCGUCCAGCUUUCGGCGAGCAUCCAACGAUAGACGAGGAUCGAUUGUUGACGAUGAUAAAGGCCGAAAGUUCACGGCUACUUUUGGCAAUUUGGCGCUUUUCAAGAACGACGAUGGAGAUGGUCCUCCCGCAUCGUUCAUUUCCGCUUACACAACGCCCGGCCCGAAAGAGAAAGCGAUUUCGGAGCAUAAAAAGGCGAACCUCGGCGUGAUGUUGGGUGUCUACUUACCCACGAUUCAGCACAUUCUCGGCGUCACGAUGUUCAUUCGUCUCUUUUGGGUGGUCGGAUUGGCCGGUCUUUGGCACACUUGCGCCAUUUUGGCCAUUUGCUGCUCAUGUACCCUACUGACGUCGAUUUCCCUCUCAGCCGUGGCGACAAAUGGAGUCGUCGAGUCGGGCGGUGCCUACUUUAUGAUAUCAAGGAAUUUGGGAGCCGAAUUCGGAUCAGCAGUCGGCAUUUUGUUCUAUCUGGCGAACACGGUGGCUUCGAGUAUGUACUUGGUGGGAGGCGUUGAGGUGUUGCUGAUGUACAUUUGGCCGGAGUUGACUAUCGGUGGCCACGAAGCACACACGGAUACAACGACUUUCGGGAUGAUGACGAACAACUACCGAAUCUGGGGCACUAUUUUCCUCAUCAUCGAGGUGCUGAUCGUGGCGAUGGGAGUGAAAUUCGUGCAAUUGUUGGCCCCGGUCUCCCUCGUUUGUGUGAUCCUCGCGUUGACGGCUUGUUUCGCCGGCGGUGUCGAGAAGGCAAUCAUGGGCAAUGGACAGUUAGUUUGCACGAUGGACGAUCGCUUGUUGAGGACGCAUUUCCUUUUCAAGCAGUACGAAAACGAGAUGGGCAAAAUCGGCAAUCGGACACUCGACGACGCAUGUCAGAAGCACGCUUGGAUCGGUAAAGCCUUCUGCGAUCACACGAAAUCGUUGACAUUGCCCAAGGAGGAAGCACAGAAAGAAGACAAUGAAGCGCAAGAGAUCUGCUCGGAAUUCGCGCGCACGAAAAUGGCCGUCACUCCCGGGUUUCCCGGUUUUAAUUUUGGCACUCUGAAAGAAAACCUGGACCCUUCGUAUAUGGGGAAAAACGAGGCACUACCGGGGAAAAAGGGGAGUGAGCAGUAUGAAGUCGUUCAAGAUGUCACAGUGACCUUCUUUGUUCUGAUGGCCAUCUAUUUCCCUGCUGUGACUGGAAUCAUGACUGGCGCUAAUAUGAGUGGUGAUUUAAAAGACCCGCAGAAGUCAAUCCCCACUGGAACGAUUGCCGCCACCGCGUCGACCUCGUUGAUCUAUUUUGCGUUGGCUGUUCUCUUCGCUGCGUCCAUUGAUCGAUCGGUGUUGAGGGACAAAACCGGUCGCUCGAUCGACGAUCAAAUGGUCGUGGCGGCGUUGGCGUGGCCGAACAAAUGGGUGGUCACGAUUGGGUCAUUUCUCUCGACUUUCGGCGCCGCACUGCAAUGUUUAUGCAGUGCUCCCCGCCUUCUCCAAUCAAUCGCCAAAGAUGACGUGAUUCCAACGUUGCGGCCAUUCGCCCGAGUCACCAAGAACAAUGAGCCUUUCCUUGGAUUGAUGUUGACAGCUUUCAUCGCUGAGUGUGCCAUUCUUCUCGGAGCUGUCGAUUCUAUUGCUGAGGUGCUCGAUUUCUUCUUCCUGAUGUGCUACGCGUUCGUGAAUUUGAUCUGUUUCAUGCACUCGAUCAUGCGAGCACCAAAUUGGCGCCCGCGUUUCAAAUAUUAUCAUUGGUCACUUUCCCUGCUCGGCGCUUUCCUCUGCUUCUUCAUCAUGUUCGCGUCUCGUUGGGAAUUCGCGACGAUCGCCUGUGCGAUGACUUUUGCCAUCUACAAAUAUGUCGAAUGGAAAGGUGCCAAAAAGGAAUGGGGAGACGGUAUUCGCGGUUUGGCCUUGACCACAGCGCAGUACUCGCUGAUGAAGGUGGAAGACGCGGAUCCACACCCGAAGAACUGGCGCCCACAAUUGUUGAUCUGUUUGAGUGCACAAUGGAGUAAACACAUCACGGACAAUCGAGCCGUUUCGCUCAUUCAUUUGGGCGGACAGUUGAAAGCCGGAAGAGGUCUGGCGAUUGCAUGCGCUUUUUUGAAAGGCAAUCCGGAGGAUCCAAAGGACAAAUCGAGAUCUCUUGAGGUGAAACAACGCGUGCAAAAGGAUAUGGACACCGCCCGGCUGAAGGGUUUCGGAAAAGCGCUUUUCUACUCACCGCAACAGUUAUCCGGCGUGAUGUCAGCUGUGUUUCAAGCUGUCGGCAUUGGCGGUCUCCGUCCGAACACCGUUCUCGUCAAUUGGCCAAAUUUCGAGGACCACGACGAGGUGUUCUUGUUUGCGGAAGAACUCAUUCACGGAGUUCGCAACGAGAAUUGCGUGAUCGUCGCCAAGGGGAUCACCGAUUUCCCCGACUACAACGAGCGGCUUUCUGGGUACAUCGACAUUUGGUGGGUUGUGCAAGACGGUGGGAUUCUCAUGUUGAUCGCCUAUCUCAUGCAACAGCACAAAGUCUGGAAAAGCUGCACUCUUCGAGUUUUCGCAAUCUCUGAAACCGAUGAGCAAAAGAGUGAGGAGAUGCGGGUGGCAUUGCAGAAAUAUAUUUAUAUGUUGAGGAUCGACGCCGAGUUGUUUAUUGUAAAUCUGUUAGACGAGGAAAUCUCGGAAGAUGUGCACAGCCGAGUGGCCGAGAUGGAAGCAAAGAGGAAAGAGUUGAGGGAAUGCGGGGAGAUACAUCGUUCCCGCUCGACUGGCGGCUUUAUCAACGAGGGCUACAACAAUGAUGAUACUCUGUACGGGAAAAUUCACAAACAGAAGCUUUUACCCCCAAUGACGGGAAAACCGAAGCAACUCUCGCCGAUCAGCAUCAACAUUAGCGAAGACGAGGAGACGACUUUUAGCGAUAACCAACCAGAAGCCGACCACAUUGAAACCUCAUUUUUCCACUUGACCGUCAAUGGCACCCCAACGGCCACAAUUUCUUCACAAACGACAAUCGCCGAAAAACUUUACGAAAAACCGACGGAAGACAAUGGGAGUGUGGAUCCGAAAGAUUUGAAACUGAAUAUUCACAAAAUGAACACUUCGGUACGCUUGAAUAACGUGAUUUUGGAGAACUCGCCGAACUCGCAAUUGGUGCUGCUCAAUCUACCGCAUCCGCCGAGGAGUCGCGAGGCGUUCAUCCACAGCUACACCGCCUAUUUGGACGUGUUGACAGAGAAUUUGAAGAGAGUUCUUUUCAUCGGGGGAUCCGGGAAAGAAGUCAUCUCAAUUGCUUCU